UGAUAAAAGUUUUUUUGUUCCCCCGACUGUACUUUCUUUCCCCUUCUCCUUUUCUCUCCAACGCUGGAGUUCUCACGUCGAGUGCAAACCGUGUGGUGUAGUGCAGCCACGGAGUGCAGGCCCGAACUUUGUGUUGCCGAACGUGUUCAUAUCUUUUCGCUGCAAUAAUCCCGAUAGAGAUUCCGAAAGAUUAGAAUAGCUGGUUAGUUCUGCGAUCUCUUGCAGCUCGUUGAGAAGUGAUCUCCGGACAUCUAACCUAACUUGGUCCGUCGCGUCCCGGUGUCGUGGAAAACUUGUGAUAUUGUGACAAAACUCAGCCACGCUCCAACGUCAACAAUGGCAGCGAAGGCGGACGAGAUGAAAUUGGAUAUCGACGAGCUCAACGGCUUACUCCAGCAGGCCAAGAGGCAGCGGACCAAAGAUACACUGAUGCUGGAAGUCAGGAGGCUGCAGACAGAAAUGGCGAAGUUACUGGAGCAGAAAGAUACGUCCGUCAAGGUGACGUCUCCCACGCUCAGCGCCGCCCAGAAGUGUUACGAGGUGAAAUUGAACAACUACGGAUGGGACCAGACGAGCACGACGAUGAAGAUCUACAUAACGCUGAACAACGUUCACCGGCUGCCCAAGGAAGCCGUCGUCUGUAGCUUCACGGAGAAGUCGCUGGAUCUGCGCGUGCUCGGCCUGGAUAACAAAAACUACCACCUGCCGAUUACCAAUCUGUGCGCGGAGAUCGACACCGAGAAGAGCAACUUUAAAGUGAAGACCGACAUGAUCGUCGUGUCGCUCGCAAAGCAGGUAGCCAGAGACUGGUCGCACGUCACGCUGGUGGAGAAGAGAAUCAAGGACGCGAAGGCGCCGUCCAUGCCCGAGCUGAGCGAGGAGAGCGACCCCAGCACCAGCCUGAUGAAUCUCAUGAAGAAGAUGUAUCAGGAUGGCGACGACGAGAUGAAGAAGACAAUAGUGAAGGCGUGGACCGAGAACCAGGAGAAACAGAAAAACGGCUCGAUUUUAGACUUGUAAUCUCUGUACCGACUUAGAUCUAACCUAGAUACGUUCAGUUUCUUUUUUAAUAUAAGAAAAGUGUAAUAUACAUUUUACAGUAACGCUCAGUUAAGACGAGAAUGUAGAAAGUGCGCAUUUAUCUCUUCUUUGCUGUAAAGAGAAUAAAUAAGCAGCAUUGGUGUAACCAGGAAUAUAGAGGUAAAGAUAAAGAAAAAAAGUUUUCUGUUC